AUGGCCAUGCUGGACCCCUGGCGAUGCACCUGGAGGCUCCCAACUCUGCUCUCACCUCCAGAUGCUGAGAAAACCCCGGGCUACUGGAAUAAAGGGGCCAGGAGGAGGCUGGAGUUGGCCCUGGCCUUGCAGCCAGCAGCACAGCGAGCCAAAAACAUCAUCCUGUUCAUGGGUGACGGCAUGGGGCUGUCCACCAUGUCAGCGGCUCGGAUCUACAAGGGGCAGCUGGCCGGUGGCUCGGGCGAGGAGAGCGUCUUGGCCAUGGAGACCUUUCCCCACAUGGCCCUGGCCAAGACCUACACCAUCGACCGGCAGGUGCCCGACAGCGCUGGCACGGGCACCGCCUACCUCUGUGGGGUGAAGGCCAAUGCCAAGACUCUGGGACUAAGUGGGGCAGCCGUCUAUGGAAAAUGCCACACCACCUUUGGCAAUGAGGUGGACUCUGUCCUGCACCGGGCCAGGCUGGCGGGCAAGUCUGUGGGCAUCGUGACGACCACGCGGGUGCAGCACGCAUCCCCCGGGGCAGCCUACGCGCACUCGGCCAGCCGGGGCUGGUACGCUGAUGCCAACAUGCCCAAGGAGGCCCUGCAGGGUGGCUGCAAGGACAUCGCCUACCAGCUGGUGCACAACACUGACAUCAACGUGAUCCUGGGCGGUGGGAGGAUGUACAUGACCCCCAAGCGGACUCCGGACCCCGAGUACCCAGAGGACCCGGAUCAAAAUGGCACCAGGAAGGAUGGCCGGGAUUUGAUUGCUGAGUGGCUGAGUGCCAAGCAGGGUGCCCGCUACGUCUGGGACAAGAAGGGCCUGGAUGCGGUUGAAGACUCUGUGAGCCACCUUAUGGGCCUCUUUGAGCCCAAGGACAUGAGGUACGAGCUGAACCGGAACACAUCCACAGACCCCUCCAUCGUGGAGAUGACGGAAAAGGCCAUCCGCAUCCUGCGCAGGAACCCCAAUGGCUUCUUCCUCUUUGUGGAAGAUGACCACGUUCCCCGUGCAGGUGGCAGAAUCGACCACGGCCACCACAGCGGCCGAGCCAAGCAGGCGCUGAUGGAGGCGGUGAUGCUGGACCGGGCAGUGGCACGGGCAGGCGAGCUCACCUCCCCUGCUGACACCCUGACCGUGGUGACAGCUGAUCACUCCCACGUCUUCACUUUUGGGGGCAGCACACCACGUGGCAACUCCAUCUUUGGGCUGGCCCCCAAGAAAGCCAAGGACAAGCGAGCCUACACCAGCAUCCUCUAUGGCAAUGGUCCUGGCUACAGCAUCCGUGACGGGGCUCGUCCAGCUGCCAGCCUCCCUGCUGCAGAGGACAAGGACUACAGACAGCAGGCAGCUGUGCCCCUGGAGACAGAGACUCACAGUGGGGAAGACGUGGUGGUGCUAGCCCAGGGUCCCAUGGCCCACCUCUUCCACGGGGUGCAGGAGCAGCACUACAUCGCCCACGCCAUGGCCUACGCCGCCUGCCUCGAGCCCUAUGCCGCAGAGCCCGGGUGCAGGGCAGCCCGCAGGGCCUCCCAUGGCACACAGUGCUCCCCACAGCCCCUGCUCGCCCUCCUGGCUCUCUGUGUGGCUGCCCUCAUAGUGAGGGGCUGAGAGGCU